UUCUUCUUCUCAACACAUUUCUGCAAUUCUACCCUUCAACUAACUACUUCACUCAUCAUUUCUUCACUCUACCCUUCAACCCCUUCCAUCAACAGCGCUGUGUAGUUUCACUUCUGAGCAUUCAUUCCUUCACUCACCAUCAGGAAAUGGCGGAACCACUUCUCUCUUUUGUUGCCGAGCAAAUCAUUAAGACUUUCGGCUCACUUGCUGUCAAACAGAUCGGGCUGCUAGGGGGUGUCAAAGAUGAGCUUCAAAGCCUCACCGACACCGUUUCAACAAUCAAAGAUGUGCUUCUCGAUGCGGAGGACAAACAAGCUGCAGGAGACCGUGCUGUUAAACGUUGGCUCGGAAGGCUAGAAGAUGUGAUUUAUGAUGCAGAUGACUUGCUGGAUGCCGUUUCAACUGAAGCUCUAAGAAGAGAAAUAAUGACCCGUGAUAAGAAGUCCAAAAAGGUACGCAUUUUCUUUUCCAAAUCAAACCAGCUUGCCUUUCGGUUUAGAAUGGCCCGUGAGAUUAAAGCCAUCAGAAAGAAGUUAGAUGCCAUCAACGCCGAUAGGCAGAAUUUUCACUUGGAAGUACGCCAGGUUGAGCCACGAGUCGGGAGAAGGGAGAGAGAUAACACUCAUUCUUUUGUACCUGCGGAAGUAGUUAUUGGGCGAGAGGAUGACAAAAAGGCUGUUAUACACCUUCUGCUGGACUCCAACGUUGAAGAGAAUGUUUCCAUCCUUCCAAUUGUUGGCAUCGGUGGAUUGGGAAAGACAACACUCGCUCAAUUCGUAUUCAAUGAUCACCAAAUCCAGAAACAUUUUGAGCUCAGAAUGUGGGCGUGUGUCUCUGAUAUCUUUGAUGUUAAAAAUAUUGUUGCAAAAGUCUUAGAAUCUGCAACCAAUGAGAAACCAGCAGACGCUGAAAUGGAUACAUUGGUGGCUAAACUUAGAGAAAAAAUCCAAGGAAAAAAAUACUUCCUAGUGUUGGAUGAUGUGUGGAAUGGUGAGCAUAGAAAAUGGUGUCGCUUGAAAGAAGUGCUGAUGGUUGGUGCAAGAGGCAGUAGAAUAGUAGUGACUACCCGCAAUGAAAUCGUUGCAAAGAUCAUCCGCCAGGAAAGUGUUGCAAGCAUUAUUGGGACAGUUGAAUCAUAUUCCUUAAAAAGUUUAGAUGAGGAUGCAUCAUGGUCUUUAUUUAAGCAGAAGGCCUUUGAGAGAGGACAAGAGCCAGAGAAUUCAAGCAUUGUCGCACUUGGGAAGGAGAUUAUAAAAAAGUGUUCAGGCGUUCCUCUGGCCAUAUCGACAAUCGGAAGUUUACUGGGCUCCAAAAAUUCAGAAGCAGAGUGGUUGUCUUUUAAGAACAAUGAACUCUUAAAAAUAUCUCAAAAUGAAACUGACCUCUUACCAACUCUGAAGUUGAGUUACGACCAUCUUCCUUCACAUUUGAAGCACUGCUUUGCUUAUUGUAGUUUGUUUCCAAAGCAUUACAAAUUUUCUUCACCAGAACUAAUUCGGCUUUGGAUAGCACAAGGGUUUGUCAAGUCUUCUGAUGAUCAAAGCCGAUGCUUGGAAGAGGUUGGUAGGGAGUAUUUUAUAGAUUUACUACAGAGAUCAUUCUUUCAAGAAGCUGAAACCUUUCUGUUUGGUGACUAUCGAUACAAAAUGCAUGACCUCAUGCAUGAUCUUGCCAUAUCAGUGGCAGGAUCGUUGAUGGCCACAUUAGGUGAUAAGGAGACAAACAUCGAUGAGAAAAAUCGUCAUCUAUCAUUGCGUGGUUACAAUAAACAUUUUUCUUCAUUGUGUGAAGCAAGUAGGAUACGUUCAUUUCUUUGCCUCGAUAACGAUGUGUAUAAGUAUAAGAUUGAUUGUGAUGCAAUUUUUUCAAGUUUCAAGUUCUUGCGCAUGUUGGAUCUGUCUAGUGGAGAUCUUGAUUAUGUGCCAAGCUCUAUCGGGGAGCUGAAGCAUUUAAGGUGUCUUGAUCUUUCUGGCAAUAAGAAUAUCAAGAAGUCACCAGAUUCUAUAACUAGGUUGCACAAUUUGCAAACAUUAAGACUCUUUUAUUGUGAGUCACUUAAAGAAUUGCCGAGAGACAUUAAAAAAUUGGUCAAUCUUAGGCAUCUUGAUAUAGAUAGCUGUGAUGGUUUGACUUAUAUGCCACAGGGAUUGGGGCAACUGAAUAAUCUUGAGAGGUUAACAGAUUUUGUGGUCCACUUGGGUUCUAACUUCAAGCACUGCAGUGGUUUACGAGAAUUGAAUGGGCUCAAUAAGCUAAGAGGAAGUUUAAAGAUUUCAAAUCUUGGACGUGGGAAAGAUGUUGCAUUAGAAUAUAAGGCUGCAAAUCUAAAGGAGAUACAAUAUCUUCAUUCUUUGAGUUUAUGCUGGAGUACUAAAGGAUAUGUCAAUGAUUGGGACGUUGUUGAUGAUGAAAUGCAAUUGGAAGGCUUCCAACCGCCCCCAAAUCUGAAACAUCUACACUUAUAUGAUUAUCCGGGUUCAAGGCUUCCGAGUUGGGUUUUUUCAUUGAGAAAUCUUGUGAGCUUGUGGCUAGUUGAUUGUCAUUCAUUAAAGUCUCUCCCCCUUCAACAUCUCACUUCCGUUCAAGACUUGAUUCUUGAGCGUUGUCUUGACCUUGAGCUAGCCAAUGAUGAGGAUGGGAUGCAAUGGCAUGGCCUUACGAGCCUCCUCUCUCUUUCCUUCAGUGGACUUCCAAAAUUGGUUUCUCUCCCCUCAGGACUUCAACAUACUACCACUCUACAAAAGCUUAGUCUUACGAAGUGUGAAAGCUUGAAGGCUAUACCAGAUUGGAUCCACAACUUCAAAUCACUUCAAUACUUAGACAUUUAUGAAUGCUCCAGUUUGACAUCACUGCCUGAAGGAAUGGGUAGGCUAACGUCUUUGAAGAGCCUAACAAUUUGGGACUGUCCCAUCUUAUUGCGAAGAUGCGAGAAUGACACUGGUGAGGAUUGGGCAAAGAUUGUUCACAUUCCAGAGUUAUACUUAGUUCUAGCACCCAUGCAUCUUUGAUCCUGAGCCUUGCUUGGGAUCUCAAGAAUGAAGGGAGGAACAUGCAGUGAAGGACGAGAAAAGUGUUUCCAUGGAAGAUGCUACAUACAUAUCUACUCAUCUGAGCUCAAAAUUUAAAAGUUGAUAGCUAUAUUUAAUUCAAUUCCUAUGCAGUUGAAAUAUGUGAAAUGAUUGGGAUGAUUGGCACAAUACGUAUACCCAUGUCGAAAGCAAUGGUGUUGAAGUCAUGGAUCCUGUUAAUCUUGUAUUUUAAAUCUUUUGUUAAUUGUGUCUGUUUUGUGAUUAGUUUUGUGACUGUUUUGAAAACAAAAGAUUGUGAUCAAUAUUGAAGGCCAUAACACUAUGUUGAAGUCAUUUGGAUCCUGUGGGUGUUGUAUCUUACUUUAUGAAUUAUGGUUCAAUUAAUCAGGUAGUAAUAUCUUUAUGAAUUAUGACA